AAGAUAUGAUAAUGAGCUCAUGUUCCUGAUUUGACUUUAUUUCCUGUCGCAAGCAAUGUCUUCAUAUUGCCAGGAAUGAUCCAGUGUAUGUGUGUAGAUGGCGAAAAUGCAUGGGCGUCUGCUGGCGUUGCUGUUGGUCGUCACAGUGACAGCGACGACCACGGCCAUCAGUCAGAACCAAUUAGCCACGCUGGUGAACAGAAUUCUCCGCAAGUUGAACGGUCAAACAUUCAAAGAGCUGCCCAUGUUCAGUCUGGCUGUGAGCAUCCCGUAUAACAGAAAUCUAGGGAAGUACGAUCUCAAUCAAGUACAUUUGGACGAGAACGUGAGGGACGCCAUCCUGCAUUGCGAUGUCUACUCGAACGAAAAUAUAGUGGCCGCCACCGUUCUGAAAUGGCCUGACGUGCUGAAAAAUUGUCCCAAUGCAUUGGUACCAUGGGAAGAUGUUCUGCAAAAGUGCAAGCAAGAACCCAUGACGUGGCAAGAUGUGAACAAAAAAUGCCGUUGGGCCAUGAAAAACCACCGAGCAGAUCAUGCUGAGUACCGGGUUCUGAAGGGGUUUCAAACCUGGUCUAAAAAUAAGGACAAGUCCGGUUUUUUACUACUCUACGUGUAUGCGUCACCGUGCACAGACCAAUGCACUGCCGUAAACAACGAGCGGAGCAUCCUAAACUUGGUGAAGGGCAUCAAGCAAUGGAAGGAGCACGCUGUCGUCUUCUCUAAAGUUUUUGAACCUAAGGGAUCCCAAUCGACUGGUGGCAACUCUGAAUCUGUUGGCGAAAGGAAGGAUGCCCUCAUCCGUCUGGGGAGUCAUCUGGGUCAAAAUGGCCUCCAAAAGAUCUUCCGAUGUGACAAAGUCAAAGCCAACAUGGUGUGUGACAGCUGUUCCAAUGGGAAGAGUGUCACACGUCGUUGUUAUAACAACUCAAACCAACAGGAUGAUAACAUCAACUGCCCACCGCAUGGAGAUGAAGGACAAAAUCGAAGAAAAAGAAGCCUCGGGAAUCAUAGUGGGGUGUAUGACGCGUCUGAUGUCCCCUCCCGACGAGUACCACGGAUAAAAGGCGUGAUGACUAGUGAAAACACUGAUUACAGUGAUGAUGAAUCAUCCAGCAGAGUUCUGGCCCCAGGUCCACCAACAUGGGGCAUGGGUCGUGAAAGGAGGCUAAGCAAGCGGCAGAAAGGGAGGAAGGGACAAAAAGGGGCCGGGAGAGAGCAGGAGGGCCAGCAGGAGAAUGAGCAGGGCAAGGCACAACACAGGAAGGUUGCCAAAACUCAAGGCCAGGGCAAGGCACAACGCAGGAAGGUCGCCAAAACUCAAGGCCAGGGCAAGGCACAAAGCAGGAAGGUCGCAAAAAGUCAAGGCCAGGGCAAGGCACAACGCAGGAAGGUCGCCAAAACUCGGGGCCAGCGCAAGGCACAAAGCAGGAAGGUCGCCAAAACUCAAGGCCAGGGAAGGGCACAACGCAGGAAGGUCGCCAAAACUCGGGGCCAGGGCAAGGCACAACGCAGGAAGGUCGCCAAAACUCAAGGCCAGGGCAAGGCACAACGCAGGAAGGUCGCCAAAACUCAAGGCCAGGGCAAGGCACAACGCUGGAAGGUCGCCAAGACUCAGGGCCAGGGCCCUCGGGGGCAGGCUGACCGACGUCGCGGAUGGUGUGGCACUUGUAACAAGUUGGGGGGCAAACACCACGGGCAUAUUAAUGCAGCUCAGCCUUCCCACAGAUCGGGCGGCAGCGCCGUUACACGCCGUCGGGGCAGAGGCUCCCGCGGGAGAGGCAGCAAACCCAGCAAGCAGGGUGGGACAUCUCGUGGGCGGGUCCGCUCAAGUCGUAAGCGGGGGGCAUCUCGUGGGCGAGGUCGCUCAAGCCGUGUGAGCAAUUUGUAUCAACUCUCCUGAGCUUCUGCUUGCUAA